GAGUGUUGCUUGAGAAGCAUCACAAAAACAAACAUGGGGUCUCCAAUGGCCACCACUCUCAUUGCCACUCUUUUAGUGGUUACACUCUCUCUAAGCUUCCCUUCUGAAACCUCAGCUGACUAUCCUUACUACUCUCCUCCUCCUCCCAAGAAAUCCCCACCACCUCCUCCACCACCAUACAAAUACAAAUCACCACCUCCUCCUCCUCCAGUGUACUCUCCACCUCCACCACCUUAUAAGUAUAAGUCUCCACCGCCACCACCUCCAGUUUACAAGUACAAAUCCCCUCCACCUCCUCCACCAGUUUAUUCUCCACCACCUCACAAGAAGCCUUACAAGUACCAGUCUCCACCACCUCCUCCACCAGUUUAUAAAUACAAGUCUCCUCCACCCCCUCCACCAGUGUAUUCUCCACCACCACCUAAGAAACCCUACAAGUACAAGUCUCCACCACCUCCUACUCCAGUUUACAAGUAUAAGUCACCCCCACCUCCUCCUCCAGUGUAUUCCCCACCACCACCUAAGAAGCCUUACAAGUACAAGUCUCCACCACCUCCUACUCCAGUUUACAAGUAUAAGUCUCCUCCACCACCCAAGAAACCCUACAAGUACAAGUCCCCACCACCUCCUCCACCAGUUUACAAGUACAAAUCUCCCCCACCACCAGUCUAUUCUCCUCCACCACCCCCAUACAAAUACAAGUCUCCUCCACCACCCCCUCCAGUAUACAAAUAUAAGUCUCCACCUCCACCACCACCAGUGCACAAGUAUCCACCUCCAUCACCACCAAAGAAGCCAUAUAAGUACAAGUCUCCACCACCACCUCCUCCAGUUUACAAGUACAAGUCUCCACCACCACCCCCGGUUCACAAGCCGCCACCACCCCACUACAUCUAUGCAUCUCCUCCUCCCCCCCACCACUACUAGACUAUGGAUUCCAUAGUUUGAAGGAAAAGGAAUGUCAGAAUAAAGAAAGGGAUAGUAUAGCAGGAACCCUACAGUUGUAGAUCGGAACGAAAGAGAGUUUCCGCGUUUGGUCAUGUAGUAGUGUUGUCUUAUUUAUCUUUUUGUUGAGAGGACAAAAUAAAGACGUGCAUGUAGGAUAAAGUGUUUAAUCAUUUUCAUGUAUUUGAAAGUUGUAAUAAUCAUUGGUCCACCAUGUUUGCUCAUGUCAAUAAUAAUAAUUUUAUAUACAUUUCAAAUUUCUGCAA